UGAGCGUGCCUCCGACUGAAAGUGGGCGGAGCUUGGUAGGAGGGCUACAGCACUUAGGGUAGCUCGCUGAAAUCUAGUCAGAACACUGGUCUCCCUCGGUACACGUGGUAACAGUUUAAGCAGAGGGGUAAAACUUGUUCAUUCUUACGGAGUAUCAUAUUUUCAUGGAGACUAUAGCAGUUAUGUUGCUUAGUUUCGUGGGAUAAAGUUGGUGACAGCACGGAAGGUAGCGAGGAGGAUUUCACCGUUGUUUAACACAUCCUCUUUUAGUAUGUGAUAGCCAAGAAAUGAGGAAUAGUAGUCAGUGUAUUUUCAGUUGGAUGUUUCAAACAGGAUCAACAAGUUCGGAUUAUCAGCUGAUCGCUUGUCAAUUUCACCUUGUGUCACUCAUCUGACGCCCGAAAUCAACAUCUAGGGAACGGCUGAGAGCUUCAAGCAAUGAACAAGGACACGCUUUUUCAUUUCUUUGUUGGAGUAAUAUCCAUAGUAAUCGUUAUAAGACUGUCAGAGGGCGUGCGCUGGCUUGCCCUGAUGUCGUCAACAACCACAAUACAGAAUGAAGAAAGUUGUGACUCUUUAGCAGGACUAGUAAAAAGACAAAAGAAACUUUGUAAACGAAAUGUUGAACUUAUGGAAAGUGUGAAAGUUGGAGCAAAGAGAGCCAUAGAAGAAUGCCAGUUUCAGUUUGAAAACCGACGCUGGAACUGCUCAACAACAGACUCUAAAAGACUCUUUGGGAAUGUUAUUUUAAAACAAGGUACAAGGGAAGCCGCGUUUGUACAUGCAAUAUCAUCUGCCGGGGUGGCGCACGCUGUUACACGUGCAUGCAGUAGCGGUCAGUUGCAGAAAUGUGGGUGUGACCGGACGGUGAGGGGCUGGAGCCCCGAGGGGUUUGAGUGGUCAGGGUGUUCUCAUAAUAUUGCCUAUGGAACGGCUUUCUCUAAGGCUUUCGUGGACGCAAGGGAAAAAGGCAAGAAACGCAAACAGAAAAACCCAGCACGUGCGCUCAUGAAUCUCCAUAACAACGAAGCCGGAAGAAGGGCAAUAGAAGACUUCAUGAAAGUAGAAUGCAAGUGCCAUGGAGUUUCCGGAUCCUGUGAAACCAAAACGUGCUGGAAAGCGAUGCCAUCUUUCCGCGAAGUAGGACGCAUUCUGAAGGAGAAGUUCGACGGUGCCACAGAGGUUCGCCAUAUGGUGACGGGGACAAGGGGUGACCUCGUGCCCCUCAACGACCAGUUCAAACCACACACAGAAGCGGAUCUGGUGUACAUGGCCGGGUCGCCGGACUUUUGUGAGCCUGACAAAAGGACUGGGUCGCUUGGAACCCACGGGAGAAUUUGCAACAAGACCUCAAAAGCAAUAGACGGUUGUGAGCUGAUGUGCUGUGGGCGAGGUUAUACCACCAUUAAAAAGACCAUUGUUGAACGGUGCAUGUGCAAAUUUCAUUGGUGCUGUUAUGUGAAAUGUAAAAAAUGUGAGCGAGAUGUGGACGUGCACAUAUGUAACUGAGUUGAAGGUCAGAACCACCGUUAAGGUCAAGGUCAACUAAGACAUCAAGGUCAAGGUAGAUUUGGACACUUCAAGACACCAACAGACAUAUUGAGAGCAACAAUAUCAUACUUAUGCUCGAAACUGAAAUGGACAGUUAUAUCUGUCGGUUGUGGUGUUGAUGCAACUGAUAUUGUACAUCGACUUGCAAUGAGGUAGACUUUACGCUGUACCAAUUCUCAAGCCAGGAAACCACAAGACUGACUAGAAGUCACCUUGUCCUGGACGUCAAUAUCUAGAACGACCAGUAGCUGUGUUUGCACCGGAAGUAAUAUUUAUCGCUGUCUGGGAAAGAUGCACGUGCAUUGAUGGACGUAAUAUAUACGACUUACGCAUCAACCCAAUGUUGGGGUCAAAGACAUUGAAAAGUAAGGCGUUGCCAGACGUGUGUACAAAGUUGCAAUAUGAUAUGUAAAUUAGACGUCAUGCUUUAUUUAUUUAUACGAAUUGUUGUAUGUAUAUUUUAGAGAUUUAGGCAAUCCACAGGUGUCGUGUUGAACACUGUAAUAGAAUGCUCAUUCACCCAAGCGUAUAAACUUGAAUCGAAUUUAACCACAUGAAGAUAUCAGAUUGUAGAUAUCGACCGGGCUGGUGCAAAUGUUUUUAGAAUCUUCUUCACUAUGUGCUUGUGUCUGGAAGCAUUGUUGAAGCCAAAUCCCUCCCUCGCCGAGAUAGCCCGGCAACCGCACCCAUCCAUCAAUCAUCUGUGUACGUACCUCCGGGGUAACCCUAGGUAAGCUUCCUCCUUCAUCCAUGGUAAUAUAUACUGCCCAUCCUCCAGUGUCCCCGCUCCCCAUCCCGCCCCUGACAGCAUCCCCACCUUACCCUGGUAAUAUAUACUGCCAAUCCUACUACACCCGGGUCCCCAUCCCGCCCCUGACAGCAGCCCCACCUGACCCUGGUAAUAUAUACUGCCCAUCCUACUACACCCGGGCCCCCAUCACGCCCCAGACAACAGCCCCACCUUACCCUGGUAAUAUAUACUGCCCAUCCUACUACACCCGGGUCCCCAUCACGCCCCGGACAACAUCCCCACCUAACCCAUGUCCAAUAACUUCCCAACACCUAUACUUGAAGUCCUACAUAAAUAUAUGUAUCUCUACUACUAUACCUGUCCAUCUACUUUUAACAAAAUCUUAACUGCCCCAUCCCACCCCCAUCCAUCAUUAUCUGGCGAUCCCUAGAAUUCCCCCGUGCUGAAAUCCUAUAGAUUAUAAACAUUGUUCAAGAAUGAACUUGGUGUAGAUAUCAUUUUAUGACCUCAAAUGUGAUAUCAGUUUCAUAGCACGUGAUCUUUAUGUGUUUGACCAAGAUGAAGUGUGUUUGACGUGCAUCCUAAUCACACAUCAUAUAGCUACAAUGUCUUGUUUGUAUUUAGGAUAAAAUCGGGUAUGUGUUUUUAUUGACAAAUAGUGCUUCGUAUUUAUGUGUCAACUCCACGCCAUUUUGUACAUUCUCAUGUGUUGUCCAUCUGUAGUAUUAAAUAUACAUCCAGAAUUUACAACAUGCUCCGUGAACCUGGCCGAUCAUGUCAAUAUAUAAAUCGAUUUUCAUAUUUAUAGUAAUUCCAAUCAUAAUGCGAAAGAAUAGGAUCAUGACUUAUGACAACAUGCAAAGUAUUUCAGAAUUUGUAAUCAGCAGCAGUGUUGCAACACAGUGGAGCGUGUUAAGUAGUGGUGUACAUAAUAGUAUAUAUCAGCCACAGCUGUGUACAUAUGUAUGUAAGUAUAGACUAUAGAAGGGGAAUCGAAAUUCUGUGUAAAAUAUAUGUAAAAUGCGAAGAUUUUAUAAAGCUAUAAAAAGCUA